AUGGCCAAAGCAUUGAUUGGAAUCCUUCUCGACGUCUCCCAUUCCAUGCGUGAUAACGUGGGAAGCGGUGUUGAUGAAGAUGGAGGACCGUGGGCUCUUUCGAUAUUUGAAGUUAUUGACAACCUGAUCAAACACGACGUCUCUCCUGAUAACUCUGUAUUUGCUUUGGCCUUUGGAGCUAGAGGUGGCGACCAGUUAUUAGACAUCUUAACGUGUCUUCAGUCUUCCAAAUGUGAUCAGAAAGCCACAGAUGAUCAGAUAGAGAAGAUUUUCCGAAUACUGGAGGGAGCCGGUGCAAAAUACAUCCGCAAAUGGGCAAGGAGGGAGGUCGUCCAAGGAGUAUUUACACAUCAUAAGGCUUGCUUAUUUCUGGAAAAAGCUGAGUCGGACGAAGAUUUUCCAAAAACAUUUGUCCAAACGUGUCUACCACCAAAAUGCCGAGUUUUUCCUGGAGGAGCCUUAGAGGCACAGCUUUUAACCGGAGCCGAACACGCGUGUGCAAGUGUGUGGUCAUCCAUACGAGAAGCUACAGAGGAAGACAUCCAAGGAGCACUGACAAAGGCCCAACCGUUGUUGGUCAGUUUCAAACCUCGCAUCUUCAAUGUUAAAGAAGCUUCAGAUGUAUUACAUGGAUACAUCGAUGAAGGAGAACUCUCAAAAGAAAGGAGCCGAGAAUUAUUACAGAGAGUAGAGCCCUACAUCUAUGGCGACGCUCCCAUGCAUCAAGCAGUCGGUAGGGCGACUGAGUGUUUUGAAAAAAACGCGUCUACGUUUCAAAGUCACAAAAAGCUACUGUUUGUCUUAUCAGACGGAGUUCCCACAGAUGGAGGAGCUAAUGACUUUGCGAGAAUAAAGAAAGCGGCCACAAGAUUAGAGAACGCAGGUGUGACCGUAGUUGGCUGCUUUGUCACUAAAUCCACAGUGAUUCAGCCCAGACAACUGUACAGUGAGAUGAAGACAGACUGGGACCAAGGUGCAAAGUUCCUGUUCUCACUGAGCUCAAUCACAACCACGCAGUCGAUACCACGCACCAUGUUUGUUAAACGUGAUUGGUCCAUUGAGGUUAAGAACAAUGAAACACGUUUGUUCCUGCAUGUUAACCAUCCCGACCACCUGCAAGAAGCUUGCGACCUUGCUCGAAAGGUCGUCUGUUCUCAGGAGGCGUUAUCCGAUUUGCUUGCAGACGUUGACCUCGAUGUGUACAUAAACCAGUCAGUAAGAGAUUAUGAAGCACAAGCAAAGCAAGAAGGACAGACCUGCUUUGCACAUGCAUCAGCUACAGUGCUUCAUUUGACUAUGAAGCGAAUUCAUGGCCGCCAGGGCAAAAUCCCAGAUUUCGAAGAAUUGAAAAAUGAAAUGAUCGGCCAUUUUGGAAAAGAAGCUGCCGUUAUCAAAACAGUGCUCGAAAAAAUGUGCAACAAGUACCGUUUGCGUUACAAGCAAGUUGACCUCAAGGGUGCCAUGGAAGCAGUCGCUUCAAGCCGACCGGUGGUUGCAACAUUUGGGCUUACCCUCAAUGAGUGGGGUAGGUUUUAUGAGUUCUUCGAAACUGACGGAAAAGGUAUUUUGACAAAAAGGGUGAUCGAUAUAACAGCCCGUCCUGAAAAUCCCAAAGGGUUUGGCCAUGCAGUGGUUUUAACCAGUUUCAACAGUGAAUAUUUGCGACUGUUGAAUUCCAAGGGAUCCGACUGGGCAGACAACGGCUUUUUUAAAGUGCAGAACGCAGACGUUCUUGGAUUUAAGUUUUAUGAUGUUCACUGGGAAGUAGAAGAUCUGAACGAAAAAGAAAAAACCUCUUUCAAGGAACUUGGAUCCAAGCGUGCCAAAUGGCUGAUGGAAACUUUGCCGAGUCUUCAGCGAGAUGAUUACACCGUGAAUUGUCCCAGAUGCCAGCAAGAUUCACCGGUCAAGAAGUUCACUGGCAAUUUGUCAGGUGCUAAGUGUCCCAAAUGUAACAAGGAAUUCAAUCUGAAAAAUGUCCCCAAAGGAAACAUUUUGGCUCUCAACAUUUAUCUCACUGCUUCAAGCACAUAA